AUGAAUAUGGACUUGGCAGAGAGCUUACAAAACUUUCACAUCACUAGUCCGCAGAAGAAAAAUCAACUAAUGUCAAAUGGUGUGUCUAUAGACUUCAACAACAGCGACGACUUUGUGGUGGAUGAAACUCAAGACGAUGUGGAUGAUGCUUCAAACCAAAAUAGCGAAUCAAAGAAAUACGACUUCAAAAAGUAUAGAGAAAAUGAAAUUCCUCUACCUCAACAAUUUGGAUCUUUUUUCAGUAAGAUGGACGAAUGGUCUGUGAAUUAUGGAACAGUAAAGGCAUUAAAAAAUAAUGAAAACAAGAACGAAGGGCCAAACGAUUCGAGCAAAAUCAACAGAAAAGAUGAGACAUCGCAAGCGCAAUGGAAAAACUAUCUUCUAAAACCCAGAACCACUAAACAUCAGUCGCCAAAAGAUGCAUCUGAUCUGAUUGUUACUGCCUCUUUAAGUGAUCUUUCUUUAAUUCCGCCUGAUACCUUCAAAAAGAAAGAAAAAAACGAGUACAGUAGCGUCAGUCAAGAAACGGACCCAGCAAAAGAAGCUAAAUCUGUGUUUAACAAUGUUUUAAGACAUCAAAGGUCUAAUUACUUUAAGGACAAUAGUGAUUCUGUUGCUCAAAAUACAGCGCAUUUUAAUGAUACAAGAUCGAAUUUCCAAGAAAUAGACAGGAGAGACUCUGAUUCUGACUCUAGUUCCAAUUCAGUCACAGAUUCUAAUAAGUUUGAUACAACAUCAGACUUAGAAUCAGAUACUGCAUCUGUCUUAAAUACGUCAGCUAUCAAUUCACCAAGCCCGAAGCCAAGAAUAGUUACCAAUACUAGACAGUUACCCCUAAUAACGCCAGAAGAUGCAGGAUUAGUAUUUGAUCAUGAAACAGGAUUAUGGGAUAAGCAACGCAUUGCUGUUGUUACCGAUUCCAGCGCUGCUGAUAAUACUACAAGCUCUUUCACCAUAGAAGAGAAUCAAAGCGAUCAUAAAUCUACGAAAAACACAAAUAACAAUGACCGCUCACUAAAACAUUUAAAUGAAAAUAUUCUGUCGACUCAAAACAAAGGAUCACAAAUCGGCAGUAGUAACAACAAUACGAUACCUGGUGAAAAUAAAACGGAAAAACAGGUGGAUGAAAACCAUGACAAUAAUGACAAUAAUGAUGUCAGUACUUCUGUUGUGACAGAUGACACACCAUUAAGUACACCUAGAUUUAACAGGCAACUCUAUCAAAAAAAUAAUAUUAAAGCAACCACCACGCGUCAACCUUCAUCAUCUUUGCAUCGAGAACUGUCGAACUCUAACUUGAAUGCUGACAGUUCCAAUGUAGAUAUCACAAACAUUAGUCGUAUGGACACCUCUUAUGACCUAACCAAAAGGGAGAUCGUUUCAAGAUUAUUGGAAAUUGAACCUAACCCAAUAAAAUGGAAAAACCUUUUUGAAGUAGAUUUAUCUAAUCAAACCAUCAAAGAUUCGUGUAUCGGUAUUGAUGAACUUUUACCUGCUUUGGUUAACCUUAACAUUGCUAAUAAUGAGUUAAUAUCUCUUCAAGGUAUUCCAAAGCAAAUUCAGUCCCUAAAUAUUUCCAAUAACAGGCUCCGUUCUCAAUUGUUGCAAUUUCAAGAUUUACCACAUUUGGAGGAGCUUGAUAUAUCGAACAAUAAUCUAAGCUCUUUACAGGAUCUCCGUUUGGUUAGCUCUUUAUCGCAUUUACGUUAUUUGGAUGUAUCAAAUUGUGGUAUUGUGUCAUUGAUAGGUCUCCCCGCCGUUGCAAAACUGGAUACCCUCAUAGCAAGGGAUAAUAGGUUAAUCGGAUCCAUAGAUUUCAAGCAACUAUGUGAAGUAUCUCCUAUUCCAUGGCGCAGUUUAACGAAGCUAGAUCUCUCUAAUAACAAAAUAACGAAUCUAAAGAACUUGCAUUAUUUAACGAAGUUAAGAGUAUUGAUACUAGAUGGGAACUCGAUAGAGCGGUUACACAGUGAUAUUCAUGCUGAUGAAACUAAUGACAAAUAUAGGGCUGGUAAUCCCUCAUUGCGUUAUUUGAGUAUAAGAAAUGGACGUGUAUCAGUAAACUCUUUCUCUGGUUUUCCUAACUUACGUAUUCUACGUGUGUCAGUUCCUGCGGACUACGGAAACGAUGAUGCAAAUAGCAAUGAGAAUGCACAUGGCAUAGGAAGUGAACAGAGAAGACACAAUGUGAAAAAUGAUCAAAUUCCAGAAAGCUCUCUAUCAAAGAGAUAUCCUUUGCCAUUCCCUUUAGAAAGCCUAGAGAUUAUUGGUAUGCCUCCUUCUAGUCCAAAAUCGCAAACUAUAUCCUUAUCCCAGCCUCAAGCCUCUCAAAAGCGCAUAUUUGGCGUAUCCACAAAUGUAGAUCCCAAUGCUGUUCGACCCAAUAACAAAGAUUCAGACGUACUUAUAGACUCAUCACCUUGGGAAAGUGUAAUUUUUCCGUCGCAGCUACGCGAAGUGACUCUGCGGUGUUUAAACCUUACACGUGUCCCUCAAACAUUGACAAACAACACCGCCCUUUACUCGCUCGAUGUGUCGGGUAACAAAAUCUAUUCCGCACAAAUGUUAUUACCCUCCUUACCCCAGAAUUUACUCCGAUUAAACAUAUUACAAAAUCCCGUUCUAGAGCUAGUCGCUAUACCAACCUACACUUCUUCGUCCACAAAAACGAAUUUGGAUACGGCAGGGAAAAGCGAGACGGAAAACAACUUAGCAGUACAAGACAGUGGUAGUAGACACAGGGACUUGCAACGCCUCUUACUCCACUGGUGCCCCGCCCUUGUGGAGAGUGACCUCAAUGUGGAGGGGUAA